GCACGGGGGCUGGGGCUCAGGGUUCGGCGCCAGCCGCGCUCGAGCGCGAGUCCACGGAGCGCGGCGCGCGGGGGCACCUCCAGCCGGACCCCGGAGUCCCGCCGGCCCUGCCCGGGCCGGCCCCGCCCCCGGCCCCGCCCCCUCCCGCCGCCCCACCUCCCCCUCCCCUGCUCUCGGACCCCGCCCCCUGUGCCGCCCGCCCCCUCCCCCUGGCCCUCUCCACCGGUCCAGGGAGGGGACGGCGGGACAGGCGGGACCGGUGGGACUGGCGCGAGGGCUGACCUGGCGGGGAGAUGGCCGCGGCGCCCGGAGGGUCUGCGCCGCCCGCCGGCCCCGGCCCGCGCCUGGGUUUCAGCACCGCGGACAGCGGCGUCGGCAUGAGCGGGCUCAACCCGGGUCCCGCCGUGCCCAUGAAGGACCACGACGCCAUCAAGCUCUUCGUGGGGCAGAUCCCGCGGGGCUUGGACGAGCAGGACCUCAAGCCGCUGUUCGAGGAGUUCGGGCGCAUCUACGAGCUGACGGUGCUGAAGGACCGGCUCACCGGCCUCCACAAAGGCUGUGCCUUCCUCACCUACUGCGCCCGGGACUCUGCUCUCAAGGCCCAGAGUGCACUGCACGAGCAGAAGACCCUGCCAGGGAUGAAUCGUCCGAUCCAGGUGAAGCCGGCUGCCAGUGAGGGCCGAGGAGAGGACCGGAAGCUGUUCGUGGGGAUGCUGGGCAAGCAGCAGGGCGAGGACGACGUCCGGCGCCUCUUCCAGCCCUUCGGCCACAUCGAGGAGUGCACGGUCCUGCGCAGCCCCGACGGCACCAGCAAAGGCUGCGCCUUCGUUAAGUUCGGGAGCCAGGGGGAAGCCCAGGCGGCCAUCCAGGGCCUGCACGGCAGCCGGACCAUGGCGGGCGCCUCGUCCAGCCUGGUGGUCAAGCUGGCCGACACGGACCGCGAGCGCGCGCUGCGGCGGAUGCAGCAGAUGGCCGGGCAGCUGGGCGCCUUCCACCCCGCGCCGCUGCCACUCGGGGCCUGCGGGGCCUACACCACGGCGAUCCUGCAGCACCAGGCGGCCCUGCUGGCGGCGGCGCAGGGCCCCGGCCUCGGGCCCGUGGCCGCGGUGGCGGCGCAGAUGCAGCACGUGGCGGCCUUCAGCCUGGUGGCCGCGCCGCUGCUGCCCCCCGCAGCAGCCAAUUCCCCGGGAGGCGGCCCCGGCGCGCUCCCCGGCCUGCCGGCGCCCCUGGGGGUCAACGGAUUCGGGCCCCUGACCCCGCAGACCAACGGGCAGCCAGCCACGGACACGCUCUACAACAACGGGCUCUCCCCCUACACAGCAGCCUAUCCGUCGGCCUAUGGCCCCGUGAGCACAGCGUUUGCCCAGCAGCCUUCCGCCCUGCCGCAGCAGCAGAGAGAAGGCCCGGAAGGCUGUAACCUCUUCAUCUAUCACCUGCCUCAGGAGUUUGGUGAUGCAGAACUCAUACAAACAUUCCUGCCCUUCGGAGCUGUUGUCUCUGCCAAGGUCUUUGUGGACCGGGCCACCAACCAGAGCAAGUGUUUCGGGUUUGUUAGCUUUGACAAUCCAACCAGUGCCCAGACUGCUAUUCAAGCCAUGAAUGGCUUUCAAAUUGGCAUGAAGAGGCUCAAGGUCCAGCUGAAGAGGCCCAAGGAUGCCAACCGGCCUUACUGAUCUUCUCUCACUAACCAGCCACAGAGGAACUGAAGAGUGAGAAGAAAGGAAAGGAAAAGCACAGAAACGCUUGAGCCGCCCUUCCUGAAGGAGCAGCCGCAGAUGAAGGUGGAUCGGACCCAGGCCUGGUGCCUGGGCUCAGGCCACUCUAACGAUUGUUUCAUCAUACGGGUGGUUCUGUGCCUGGGACACACGUGCUCAGGCUGGCGAGGCAGCUGGGGCUGGCUGAGGGUUGAUCGUCUAGGGAGCCAGCAGAGGGAUUGGGGGUGCCAAGGGUUUGUCCGCAAGGGAAGCCCAGAUUUACUUCUUUCAAACUCAUAUCAUUCCUUAGAGUUUAGGGACCAAAGGACUAUUGUGUGUGUUUUUUUUUAAGAAUAUAUAUAUAUCUAUAUAAAUUAAAAAAAAGAAAAAAAGGAAAAAAAACACAAGAGAAACUAGAUGGUAUAGAGUCUCAUAAAAGCUGCCUUUAACUAUCCCUAGGAGACAGGGUGAAAGAGACCCUUGAAAGCCCAGCGAGGCAGAGGGAGGUGCAGAAAGGUUGUUCUGUGUCUCAUCUCCUCCUCAAUGAUGCCCGCCCGAACCUCACCUUUCCAAAAGAAGGAAGGACUUGCAGUCUAGGCUCAGAUGCUGGUCAUGAGAAUUAUGGAAGCAGUGACCCCAUAAACUCAGAGAGGAUUCCCCCAGGAGAAGUUCUGGCCUGCCUGGGCCUUUGCCACCCCAAAAAACCCCAAACCAGCAGGGGUGAGCCCGCCUUUCCUCCCUGACUGCCUUUUCCCUGGGGUCACUGCUUCCCCAGGCAGGAAGAAGGAGGGGGGUGUUAGGCCAUCCCACCCUUCUCUUUCCCAUCCAGAUAGACAGAGGCCCCGCCUUUGGCUCAGUUGAGACACCUCCUGUGUGCCCUCCCCUUAAGCCAGCCCCUGUGUCCCCUCGCUCCAGGCCACCUUCUGUCUCGAAGUGUAAGUUCGUCCACCUGUAGAGUCAGGGUGUAGGUGGAAAUCUGUGAAGACAGACUCAGAAGGUUUGCUACUGUAAAUACUGCCAUUGAAAAAAGGGGGAUCAUUUCCACUAUGUAGAAGCUUCAGAAUUUAGAGGUCCCUCUCUACCCAAGACCUGGGAGGGAAGUAGAUGUUUUGCCAAAAUACUUCUUCAUUCCUUUAAAAACAAAAGUCCAUCUUUCCUAUGCAAGAGUGUCUCACAUGUGCUUAUCCAAGGUGCUUCUAGAUGGUGAGCAGUGUUCAGCUUAGAAGUAGUGUGUGCUCUGUCCGUCUGUUCGUGUCUGUCUGUUGUAUACAGUGGGUGCCAUAUAAUGCUGAUCAGUGGUGGUGCUUUCUGCCUGCUUCUGUGAGAUGGGCAAAAGAUUCAGCUUAGAUCACCAUGACUCACCUUGCCUUGGUCAGCCUCUCCUGGGCCUGCAGGGCCUCGCACAUAUUUUCCCCAGGCAGAUCAUUUCCCUUCCACCCCACAGACAUGGGCCUCAGUGGUGUGGGGGGUGAUCAUCUGAUGCCCAGAUGUUGGUGAGGCGAGAGGCCUCUGAAUUGAUAGCACAUCAGAUAGCAAAGGAUGCGGGUGUGGGGGAAGAGGGUUCCUCCUUCCUAACAGUUUCUAAGAAAACUUGUUCCCACUUGUUCCUCUGUCUUUGACUCAUUUUUGGAGGGAAGGGGAAUAAAAAAUAUGGUGAUAACAUUA